GUGAAAGAUAUGAUUGUAUAAAAUAGCAGAAAAAUAACAGGGCUAUUUUUAUUAUCUAAUUAAAGCUACAAAAAGUUGGUGGGGGGAAUUCAUUACUUGAAAUAAAUUAAAAAUAACAGAAUUUUUGUAUAGUUUAACUUGUAAUGCGCUAAAAUAAAAAAAUAAAUAAAAAUUACAAAACAAAAAAAUCAAAAACUGAAAUGGAAAGUAUCAAAUAAAAUGUACUUAUUAAAUAAUGAAUUAAAUUUUUUUAGCUAUUAGUGAUAGUACACUGAAAGUGCUGCAAACACCUGUAUUAGUUCUAUAAUGUAUAUUAAACAUUAAAUAUUAAAGACAUGAAUUUUUCCCAAAACCUGAUUAGUUUACUCUGUGAAGGAAUCAACAGUGCAAUGGUUGAUUGCUUUUAAAUGGACCAUCUGCUCACGGCAUACGAGCACAAGGGACGUUCUUCCCUCAACCGUCAACUUCUUAAGAGUCAACACUGAAUCCAAUCAAGCUUCACUGCCUCUAGAGCGAAAUUACACCUCACACGCACAACACAUACAAAGAAAUUAAACGAAACAGAACCGAGAUGAGCGAGAAUAGAAAGGCAACUAUCGGGAUUAUCAUUAUUAUCUCUCUUGUUCUUCUGCGUGCUGCAUCGGGUGAGAAGGAGCAGAUGGGCCAGAUGUUUAGCAGAGGACUUCGGCUGAUCGUAGAAGCCCCUCGCGUCCGCGCCGAUCGCCAGGCCGCCCCGAAGGCGCGCAUCCUUCUCCCCGCUGGAGUUCAGAGGCCUUCGGAGAGAGUGACGCUGGCCUGCGUCAUCACCGGCUUACGGUCUAAAGCGGUGAGCAUCGCGUGGAAGGUAAACAGAGCGACGGGCCUGGAAACACACGGCAGCUCUCCGCUAGUGCAGAGGGAGCCCGGAGGCACCUUCUCCGCCGUGGGGCUGUACUCGGUUCUGCCUCAGGAACGGAGCGGUGAGGACACGUACAGGUGUGAGGUCACGUACAGAGCGGCGGCUCACUAUGAUACGGUGGAGUCGUCUCUCUGCACUCCUCCAGAGGGACCCUAACCGUGUGGGGGGGCCUUUUUUAACUGCAUGAGAUCCAUCCGCAUUUCACUCAAAAAUGUAUUAGGCCUCCCUAAUUGUCAUAAUACAGCCAAAAAUCAAAAUCGGUUCGUGUUCUGCUCUCCCUCGAGGCAUUCUAGGCGUGAGGGACUUUCUUCUUGCAGAUGAAUCCAAUAGGAGUUAUCUAAAAAAAACGUUAAAAUCAUACAAUUGUUUUAAAAAUGUUAUUAUUACUGCACUGGAUGUGUGUUUCUGUUGAACAGCCCGAAACGUAUAUAAAAAUGAAGAUAAAAUGUUCUUUGCAUGGCUGUGGGAUGAAUGCUGUAGCGCUUGCUUGCGAUUUUUUGUAGGAAUAAAUCAUUUUAAUUUUUGGGUGAACUAACCCUGUCCUAACGGAAUAGUUUUUAGGUGAAUCGUCGUCAAUUGAGGGCAGCAAAAUAAGAUACUUAUGCAUGCAAUGUUUCGUAUAAAAUCAUAUAAAAGCCACAUUAUUCCUCUUUAAUGCAAAGCAAACAAAAUAUGACUGUUACGAAAAAAAGUAUAAUAAACUAUCUGCGAAUUGUUUCUAAAGGAAUACAGAAUGUUUGUGUCGUCUCAUUAUUUUCGCAAUGCGGAUGCAUUUGUGCAUUCUAAAUAAUGAUUCUAAUUAGACUCUAAUUACUCUAUUU